AUGUCCACUUCUACUCUUCAGUCUAACUAUAAAGGAGCAAGCAUCGACGGCGAUGGAGAUUUUCUUUGCAAGUGCGGAUUCAAGAUGUACAAAUCGACAGUGAGUGACAAGAAAAGCCCAUAUUUUGGGAAGAAAUAUUUGGCAUGCAGACGAGGGAGGAAAAGCGCAGACCGGUGCCGGAUUUUCAUCUGGGACGAGAAACUCCCUCAGAUAAAGCUUCCACUCUCUUCGUCUUCAGAACCUGCAACACCCAAAAGAACGUCAGAUAUCCGACAAUAUGGGAUCCUCACGCCAGUUACCAGUUCAAGAAAAGUACAUCCUGCCCUAGACAGGGCCAGUAGCGGGAACGAACCGAGCCAAAUCACAUUCUCGGCCCAGGCGAAGAAACGUUCACUAUUUUCGACUUCCGGGCAAGUCCCCAAGAAACCGAGAAUAGUUUGUACACCAUCUCGGUCGCCUAGCCCUACGCCAUCCAAAUCUCUCGUUAAUGGCAGCCCUGCAUCUGGUCUUAAUGAUACGUUUUUGUCGUCAAGACCAGAAACCAUGCAUUUUAUGAGGGGCGGAUCGCGCAGAUGGGAAGAUUACGAGAAGGAUUUAUCAAUGACACCUACCAAGCACAAAUCCCACGUGAGGGAUUUCAAUCAGAAGGGUGGGAAAACAGAAGCGGAAGAGGGAAAAGAUGAAGAUCUUCUUUCUGACUGGGAUGAUACCAUCGUCUCAGAAGUGAUACGGAUUGCCAAUAGUCCUAUUUGA